UUCAGCGGUUCGGCACGAGACAGAGAGGCGCAACUGACAGUAUGGAGGAGUGUGACCUGCUGAAGGAGAGGCUCCAGGCCAUCACUGAGAAGCAUCGCAUUCAAGAAGACAUUAGACAGAAGAAACUGGAACUGGACCAGGAAAAACUCAAACUACAGCAUUUGAAGAAAAAGUCUCUGAGAGAACAGUGGCUGCUGAAGGACUCAGCUGUCCACAAUGCAGCAGACUCCACACAGCAGCAGAGCCUUCUGUGUGACCAGCAGCAGACCAGAGCGCUGCAGCUCCGCAUCCAUAAGAUAGAGAUGGAGGUGGAGUCUCUGGAGAGAGAGGAGUCUACGAUUUCUACCAACGAGACCUUUAUACUUAACAGACUGAGGGCUGUGGAAAAGAGUUCAGAGGAUAUUAUCAAGGAAGCCCAGGACAGCUUUGUUCCUGAACCAUUACAGGUCACCACGGUGAUCCCUGAUGUCCCAGAAUGCCUCUCUCCACCAGCCAACACAUACUCUGAAACAAACACAAGAAAGACUCUGUUUGCAAUGGAGAUCAACGUGACUAAAGACACGUUGACUGGGGAGAGCACAGUACUUUCUACUGCAACUGUUCCUCCUGAAGAGUUAAACCAACACACCGGGCUCAAGGUUUACGACGACGGCAGAAAGUGUGUUUACGCCCUCAAUGCUCCAGAGGGGUCACAUGACCAGAGCUGUGUUUCUGAGCUGUCAGCCAAUGAGGUGGAACAGUUACUGAGAAGUGCUACAGUGCAUCGCCAAGAAAAGCAUCAAACCCGUCACCAAAAUCCCAGCAGAAGGGAAGAGCGUUGCUUUUACAACCACCAAGCUGGCAGAGACAGAGAGAACCUCCGAAACCACAGAGGACAUUACGGUAACUGUGUCAUCAGAGAAAACAGAGCCGAGAAAGACUUCAGCUGCAGGGAAAACUGGCCGAGAAAACCACAUGAAGAUCCCCGCUAUCUCCACCAGGAAAGCCAUUACAGCAGGCAAAAAGACAGAAACAACCAAAGCAACCUGAGGGAACGUCAUCGCCUUGGAAACCAUAACGGGCUGUGCCAUCACUACAACAACCAGAUCGAUCAUCACGACAAUUCAUACCAAGUGAGAAAUUGUCACAGUGUUCAGGAAAAUAGGCCCGUUAGCCACCACACCAACAUCAGAGGCAGUAGCAGGAUAAAUCGAAGCAGAUCCAAUGGUUUCACUUCACUCAGAUCACAUGACCAGGAAGUAGUGACAGCCCAUCAACCACAGCUAUGCUACACUCCAGCUAAUUAUAUUCCCCUUAAUGAUUACAUCAGUGUUGAAGAGGAAGAACUUUAUCGCUACAACCCACCAUCUUACCAGCCAUACAGCCAAACCGAAAACAGCCUGAAGCAAUCCACUGCUGUGUACCGUGGCCCCACCCACUGCGACCGGGUGCCCUCCCCCCUCUACGGAGAUGACACUCCUUACACCAUCCUCAACGCCUUGGACACCACCGAGCCAAUCACAGCCAUCUUCAUGGGCUUCCAGACAGCGCAGGAUGACAGCGGGCAGGUUCAGGAGUUCGAGGGCUCCCUGAAGGCCGAGCUGGUCAUCAUCGAGGACACUGAGGACAACUGUGACAACAGCAGCAUGAAGCAGAAGAAGAGCCACGUCCAGGGUCCAAUGGGAGCUUCAACGAAUGGAAACGUGGGGCUUCUGGAGGGAGUUGGAGACAGACGGACAGAGAAACGAGUGGGACCAGGUGUAGAAGAGGACUGAAGAUGGCGGUCAGAUCAUCCGACAUGAAGCAGCUUUCAGUAGCUGUUCAGGCUCUGCAGUGAUCCUGACUGACCUCUUCAUCAUCAACCAGCAAAGCCUCUUUAUUGGUCCCAUCUCACUUGCUGUUUCCUGGUGCAGAGCUCUGAAUGUCCACAUAACUAACAGGAGAUAAUUCUUGACUUUGCUGUGCAGUCAUGAAGGCCUUUUUCUCACCAGGAACAUUACUUCCUGCUCAUCAACAAGACAGCUUGUUUGCCUUUUUUUUUUUUUUUAGUUUUCUUCUGUGCAUCAGAUUU